GGCAGCUGGAUGGUGGGGAGGGGAGCUGAUGAUGCUGAUGGGGGGUGGGGAGCCGCUGGGGUAGGAGGGAGGGGUAAGGGGGGUGCAGCAGUCUCGGUGACCCUUCGCUCUCUGCGGUUUGGGGACAAGGACGCGUCACGUGCCCGCGAGAUGGCUGGCCGAUACACCCACGCCGUGGUCCGGGGGGUUCCCUCCUCCAUGGCGCAGGAGGGGGACGGGCAGGUGGACCUGGCGAGGGCGCAGCGGGAGAGCGGAGUGUACUGCGGCAUCUUGAGGCAGAAGCUGGGGCUGCAGGUGGUGGAGCUUCCCCCCAACGAGGAGCUGCCGCGGGGGCAGCUGACGGGGGACAUGGCGGUGGUGAUCGCGGACACCGCCCUGAUCACGCGCCCGUCGGUCCCCGCCAGGAGGAAAGAGACGGACGGGUUACAGAAGCUGUUCGAGGAGCUGAAAUUCCGGGUGUGCGAGGUCACCGACGAGAGCGCCGCGCUGGACGCCAGCGACAUCCUCUUCACGGGAACAGAGAUAUUUGUGGGUGUGUCGAAAUGGACCAACCUCCGAGGGGCAGAAAUGGUGGCAAAAACCUACCAGGAUUACGCCGUCUCCACGAUUCCAGUAUCGGGGGAUUUGCACCUCAAGAGUUUCUGCAGCAUGGGGGGUCCCGAUACUCUAAUCAUAGGGAGCAGCGACGCCGCCCGCAAGGCCCUGAAGAUGAUGGAGCAGCUGACCGAUCACCAUUACGAGACCCUCACCGUUCCUGACGACCCCGCCGCUAACUGCAUCUACGCCCGCGUCGGCCCCAAAUCCAACGUCCUCGUUCACCGCAGUGCGGAGGAAUUCCCUGACAGUGCGCAGGUCUUCCAGAAGCUUACGGAUUACACGCUGGUGCCGGCUUCGUGCACAGAGGUGUCCAAGAUCGGCGGCUGUCUGACGGCUUGCGCUAUACUGAUAAACCGCAAGCUGGACAUUUGAUCCAUACGCUGCUCCGACGCCUGCAUAUCCGCCAGACUGAGGGGGGCCAGCCGCGCUCCUC